ACAGUGGUUAAUUAGUAAUUAAGGGCGUGAUGUUUGGUAGUUUGUUAGAUGUUUGGUUAGUGGUAGCAUUAUUUACUCUCUCCCGCUGCUUAAGAAAAGAUCAUGUAGCCGACACUGUACCAUUGAUCCAAAGACGGCAUGAUUGAUCACAAUAGGGUAUAUAUAUAAACCAUACAUAAGUAGGCUUAGUACGAAAGUAGGCUUUGAGCUGACAGCAUUCUGUUUAAGCAAAAUGUCGAAGACAUUUCUCGUUCUGAGAAUAAUUUUUAAUUAUAUUCCAUGUUUGGCAUUUCUUCAAAAUUCCCGUUUCAUAAUGCAAGAUUUUGUUGAUAAUCCAUACGACAGAAACUUUUUUUUGAUGGAUCAUAAAGUCGUGUCCAAGGUAUCAUGUGCUGGUGCCUGCGACAAGGAUGUGUUUUGUCUCUCGUUUUAUUACAGCAAGGAAGAAAAACGUUGCCUUACCAACACCUUCGUACUCCAUCCUUCCGAGUUAACCCAGAGUACCCAAGGCUCCUUUCAGUACUUUGUGAAGGAGGUGAUCAAGAGACCACGAACCUGCUCUGAAGUUAAACAGAAUGAUCCGGCCAGCGUUGAAGGCCACUAUUGGCUCUUCCCUGAAGCCUCCAGUCUGUACGGCAACAGAGUGAGGAUAUACUGUCACAAUAUGUCUGAAACAACACCCCUCGAGUACAUCUCCUUGUUCAACCCCAAUGUCGGAGUGUUUCCCGCUCUGAGAAACGCAGAUUGCACGAAUGAGGUGGUAAUGUCCUCGGGGUACGAGGGCACCACGACCUUCUACAAGGUGAAGGUCAUGGUUGAUUCAGUGAGAGUUGUGACACACAACUACGACUACACCUUUGCGAACUGGACGGGCAAGCGGUAUCCCUAUGGAGCAGCAGGAGAUUGUUACUCCCCUCAGUCGCCAACCCAGAAGGGUCCAUGUGGACCUGUUGGAUCAUUUCACAUUAACUUUGAUGGUACAGGACUGAGGACCUAUGGCAAGACAUCGUGGAGAGCAUCCAACGAUACCAACAUAUCUUUCAAGGCUUCAUCUUCGUCCAAUAUCAAGGUGAUUUGUGGAGGAUUAUGUGGGUACUGCUACAUCAAGGGGCCGGGCCUGACCUUGACAGUUAACAGAGAAGAAAUGAUCGAUCAAGAUUCGGCCAUUGUGGUUGUCUGAGCGGCAUUGUACUCGGUGAUAUUGCACUGUAAAAUUACCCGGCGAAAUGAAUGUCCCAAUGCUUCGAUAUUCAUUGCAGAUUGAUAUAAUGCCUGGCAAUAAUUAAUGAAUACUGCCUAUGAAGAUCUAAUCAAGAAAUAGACUUUUAUUUAUUAGUAUACAAUGCGCAUAACUUGGAACAACGUUUCAAAUCCUUUUAACCCUUAUCCUCAUUGUACAUCUGGCUACAUUACCUAUCUGCUAUUUGUUAUCCUCAUUGUACAUCUGGCUACAUUACCUAUGUGCUAUUUGUUAUUCUUGUUAGAUCUGGCUUUAUCCAAUUAUCUGUAUGCUACUUGUUAUCUAUUACCUGUUGUUGUCAAUGUUUAUCUGCUUAUCACAAGGUGUCAUGCAUGUAUACCUCUCAUCACUUGGGGUUGUUGUCACUCCAGCUUGAUAACGGUGUAAGAAUCUACAUGGACAAGCGUCUAUAUGCAAUA